AUGAAGUGCUUGCUAGUGUUUAGUGCCUUAGUGUUAGCUUUAGCUAGUGCUAGACCGGAAGGUUACAGCUACUAUACGCCCCAUGGUUCCGAAUCCGGCCAUUCCGCUACUUCCAGUGCUAGUGUACAGUUUAGCUCGGGUGCUUUGAGUGGCUCCGGUGUGAGUAGUAGUAGUGGUAGUGCAGCGGAUGAUUGUGAAGAGCCAGCACACGAACAGCUGUCUCCGUACCAGCACAGCCAGGUGCACUUCUUCGCUCCACAGGCCCCAGUACAAUCCGGGUCCUCGUCCUAUCUGAGCUCGUCUGCUGGACAUCAUGAACACCAAGCGUCGCUCCCGGUAGCCCAUGCGCAGGUAUCCCUGUCUAGUGGAUCUUCCGGUUCCGGUCACUACCACUACCAGCAGCAGCAACACCAGCAACAGCAACACCAGACACACCAACAGACUGUCGAACAUCAUCAGGUGCAUCAUCACGUUGAGCCUCAGAUCGAGUACUUCACAAACGUUCACCAGCAUCAAAAUCAGCACCAUCAGCAGCAGUCUCACCAUCACCAAACCCACCACGAAGCAUCUGUCCACUACGUGCAACAGCCCGUCGUUAAGGAGGAAGUUCACAAACACGUCUACGUUCACGUUGCUCCAGAAGAGAAGGAAGAAAUUCACCAGAAAGUGAUCCUCCCUACUUACACCAAACAGAAGCACUACAAGAUCAUCUUCAUCAAGGCACCAUCACCACCGACCGUCAGCAAGGUCGUCCUACCUCAGCAACCUGUCAACGAGGAGAAAACACUGGUCUACGUUCUGCACAAAAAGCCCGAGCUCGAGCAGGAAAUCGUUGUACCACCGCCAGCCACUUCCAAGCCCAGCAAACCGGAAGUUUACUUCAUCAAGUACAAAACGAAGAAGCAGGAGCAGCAACACUCGUACCAUCAUCACCAGGAAGAACAGCAUUCGUCCAGCUCGUACGGUGGAAGCAGCACCGUCGAUACUAGCGGUGGCUACGAAGCUGCCGAUCUUACCGGGUAUAGUGGAUCUUUCGGUAGCAGCUUCGCUCCGAUCGUCGUAACAGAAGGAUCGUAUCACAGCACAACACCAACACCGGUUAAGGUGACCACUGUCCAUUCCGUUGCAUCUUCAUCGUCGAUCGCACCAUCUUCUUCCUACGUUAGCAGCACGGCCAGCAGCAGUAGCGGCCAUAAGGCUCAAAGCAUCAAGGUGACCAACAUUGGUCUGUCCGGAUAUUCCAGUGGAGGCAGUUCCAGCUCCGGCUCGAACAGUAGCAGCCGUCAGCGUGGUUCCAAAAAGAAUUGUGGAAAGUGUAGCAAGACAAACAGUGCUCCGUUGUCCGUUGGUGGCACACUGGAUGCAUUCGUGUCGAACGUGUUCUAG